CAAAGGACAAUGUUUCGAUUCCAGGCUACACGACAACGUCACUAGUUUCCCCACCACUACCUCCGAUCUUACUGUGGUUAUGAUUAUUGUUAUUUCUAGUUUAUUAUUUAAUGAUGAUAUAUUCAAUUACUUUUUAAAGAUGUUUAAUUAGUUAUUCAUGUUGUUGGUGUUUUUGUCCUGUUCCCCGAUCGAGCAGACUUACGGAUCAAACGCAUUCAAGCUGUCAUCAACUCGUCUUCUUUUCUGUUUUUAUUUUUUUUAUUUAAGCUGAAACAGCAAUGAUGAGUUCCUCAGCAAUGGCAGAAAGUUUCACCCUGCCCGUCAACGUUGACCAGCUGACCUGUGUUGUGGACUCAAUGGUCGAGGUUUCAUCUGAUGCUGGUUCUGCUGCACCUCCUUUACCAAAUGUGAACCAUCUGGCUUCCAGCCCGGCUCUGUCGACCGUUGCAGACGUCAUGGCUUGCGGCAACACUGCUGCUGAUAACCAAACUGUCACAGACACUUGUCUACCUCAUAUUCUACAGACACAGGCUUCUGGCUUGUUAUCCAGCACAAACAAUGUUCCGUCUCUUCACAUCCCUGUGUCCCUAACAGGACACUCCAUCUCCAUGUUGCCACUGAUGCUCUCCCUAAACCUACCUCAUCGACCCCUUAUCUCUGCCAUCGACAAAGGUUCAAUCAGCAGGGCUUCCAUCCAUACAGCUCCUACACCAAUCCCGUUUCCAUCAGUAAUGGCGCCUGGCAUCCAGAGGGAAGCUGGGAGUUGUUCCACUGUUCAAGACUUAAACAUGCUCAAUUGCAUUCAGGCAGAGUCCUGUGACAACCAUCAGCAUCAUAACAACAACAACAACACCACCACCACCACCAUAGAAACUCUGGAAUCUUACCCAUCACCCGCCACUGGUCCCCAACCAAUGGAAGAAGCCAGCUGUGACCCAAACCAUGUUAACAGACUCAUCACCACAAACAUGCACAGCACUCUGCAGAAUCCAGUGCUCGUCACUUCCAACCUGUCCAAUCUCUCCGACCUUCGUCUCGGGAUGGGAAUCACCUCACAGAACGAUAACUUCCCCACUCAUUCCCCUUCCAUGCCUGAUGUACAGUUGCCUCCGCUUUUGCAGGCUGCUAACCAAUUUAGUCAAAAACAUGUAGAACACCAGAAAUCCGGUGCUGCCAUGAGUGCAGCACCUUGCAUCAUGCAACAUAAUGGUUCAGCCCUUGAACUAACAAAUGGUUCCGCUGCAGAAAUUGCAGCGUCCAUAUCCGGUGCCAACCUUCAAUCAAUCUUAGAUGCUUCACUUCAUCAGCAACACCAACAACUCCAGGAACACUGUAAUGAUGAAGUAGCCAAUUCUUUGAAUUCUAUUGGAAUGGUUACCAACAAGUCAUGUGACGGAAAUGCUGCAGCUUCUCUUUUAGACAUCAACAACAUGUCAGUGAUCGACAUGAUUCUCAAAGUGCAUCAAAGUGGUGCAGCAGCAGCAACUACCACAACAACAACUGAUGCUGCUAAAGAUGAGACCAGGAGUGCAAUGGUGAUGUCUGGUACCAGCUGUCAACUGGGGGAGGACAUGGCUACAUUUAGUACUAAACCUUACAACCAAAUGUCUUUUGACAACUUUUGCCUAGAAUGCAACUACAACAGCAACACCAGUAGCAAUGGCAGCAGCAGCAGCAGCAAGGCUCCAUGUCAGAUCCACAACACAAAUUACUGUGAUAUUCCCGAUAACCCUAUCCCUUCUCGAGCUCGUCUCUCAACACCUUCGCUUCUUUACCUGAAAACUACCUCAGCUCAUGGUUACACAGACACUCUGGGAGUGUGGGCAAAAGAAACCGUUCCUUGCCGAAGCCGGUUUGGUCCAUUCGUUGCCAAAGUGAAGGGGAAAUGUCCAGUGGAUUCACAAAAGACAUCAGAUUUCCCCAUUUGGAUGAUCUUCUCCAAAGAUGGACAAACUGCUGAUGUCCUUGAUGUCAACGAUGAGAAUGAGUGCAACUGGAUGAUGUUUGUGAAACCAGCUCGGUCAUCAGAGGAGCAGAACUUGGUAGCGUACCAACAACAACAUAGUAUUUACUUCAUGACAUGCUGUGAUGUUCAACCACACCAAGAACUCUUGGUUUGGUACUCCAACGAUUAUGCGAGUGCGUUGGGUGUGCCAUUGAAGGCCAACAUUACCUUGAACUGUUGCGUAUGCAGAAAACCAUUUGCCAGUCACAAACUCCUGGCGCAGCAUGUCAGGUCAAUGCAUCCCGAUGCCAGUGUUCGCCGAUGGCACUGCCAAUUUUGUAAUAGAGGUUUUACGUCAAUGACCAAGUUAAAGACUCAUCUAUUGACCCACAUCGGUGCCAAGCCCCACUCUUGUUCCCAGUGUGGGAAGCGAUUCACAGACCAAAGCAACCUCCGUACGCACCAGUCCAUUCACACAGGUGAGAGAAAAUUUCCGUGCAGCGUCUGUAAGAAACAGUUUCGUCAGAAAGCUCACCUGACGUCCCACAUGUUUACUCACACAGGUGAGAAGAAGCUGCAAUGCCAGUUCUGUGAGAAGAUGUUCUCUCGUUCUUCUGACCUCAAACAGCAUGAAUACCAACACACACGCGAGAAACUCUACAGCUGUUCGCACUGUGACAAGAGUUUCUACAAAAUGCAGAACUUCAAGAAGCAUCUGAAGAUUCAUUCUGGUGAACGGAACUUUACUUGUGUGAGGUGUCACAAGUCAUUCUAUACAAAGUACCACUUGAAACGGCACAGUGGCACGUGUAAGGGGAGCCGAAGUACUGCUGCUCUUGGUGUUGCUGCUGCUGGUGGUGGUGGUGGUGAGAAUGAUAGUGGUGUUGGUGUUGGAGGUGGGAAAGUAGCAGUGCUGCAGCAGUCUGAAAACUGUGGCCACCUCCAUCUAGACACGUCUAACAACAUUGAUGACGGUCGAGGUGGUAAUGAUGAAGAAGAAGAGGAUGGAAAUGAGGAUGAGGACGAGGAUGAUGAUGUCAUGGAUAGAAAUGAUGAGGAAGAGGUAGAGGAGGAGGAGGAGGAUGUUGAAGAUGACGAUGAUGAUAAUGAUGAUGAUGAUGAUGAUAACGGUGGCGAUGAAGAUGAUGAUGAGGAAGAGGAAGAGGAGGACGAAGAUGACGAUGAUGAUGAUGAUGAGGGUGAUGAUUGUGAAGCACAACAAAGGACUAGGGUCUGAAGCAAAACAUCUUCAACAUUAUUGAGGGUAAUUGUUAUUAUCAUUAACAUCAUCAUCAUCAUCAUCAUCAUCAUCAUUAUUACUAUUAUCAUUAUUAUUAUUAAAGAUGACAAGCUUGUAGAAUUCUUAGCAAGCCAGGCAAAAUGCUUAGCGGCAUUUCAUCUGUCGUCACAUUCAGAGUUCAAAUUUCACUGUUUCCGGAAGUGAAUUAUUCAAACCCCAAAGAAUCCCUCUCAACACAUGGCCAUGAUGCUCCCUCACUACUUCUGCUCGUGAUCAGAGAUGCACAUCGUCAGCCACCAAGGGACAUGCUCAACUGGUUAAGGUCAAACAACUGACAAGCAAAUCUCUGGUAUUGAGCAGAAUAUUUGCUGUAGCCCAUUUUUUAUACCAAGACAAAACAAUGUUCAUGAUAACACUUCCAAACAGUUAAAAUCAGAAGCCACUGCCUGGUACUUAUCAUUAUUAUUAUUAUUGUUAUUAUUAUUGUUAUUAUUAUUAUUAUUAUUGUGAUGAUGGAUGAAAUGAUAAAGCAUUGAACUUAAUAAUGUCCUAUAUUAUUUAGUUAUGGUCCUUCACAUUCUGUUUCAAAUCCUGCUGAGGUUAACUUUGCCUUCCAUUGUUCCAGGUUGAUAAAAUAAAUACCAGUCAUGUAUUGGGGUCAAUUUAAAUUGACUGCAUUCCAUGCCCUUAUGUCUAUGUUAUAAAUCAUUGCUAUUAUUAUCAUCACCGUCACUGUCACACACAUUGCUGAAGACUGGGUCUUCGGAUGAAUAACUUGUGCACAUUCCUGUCCAUUAAUUUUCUCAAGGCCAUUAAUUUCUUCAAAGCCAUUAAUUACCUCAGACCUGUACAACUUAUUUUAACCAUGUAAAUGCUGGAAGAAUGAUCCAAAUGAUCCAACCCAUUUUAACAUUGAGACAUUGAGCCGUUUUUAACAUGUGAACAUUUGCAGACCUAUACAACUGAUUUUUAACAUGUGAACAUUUGCAGAUCUAUACAACCCCUUUCAACAUGCAAAUAUUUGCAGACCUAUACAACCCAUUUUAACAUGUGAACAUUUGUAAGCCUAUACAACUGAUUUUUAACAUGCGGACGUUUGCAGACCUAUACAACCCAUUUUAGCACGUGAAUAUUUGCAGACCUAUACAACCCAUUUUUAACAUGUAAAAACUGGAAGAACUAUUAAAUCCAUUUUAACAUCUAAACAUUGACAAAACCACAGAACCCAUUUUAAAAUGUUAACAUUUGCAGCUUUAUACAACCUAUUUUAAUUAGUCAAUAGAUGGGCCUCUACGGGUCAAAAGCUAGUUGCUAGAAAUAGCAACAGAGUCUGCAACAAAAUCCAAUGUGAAAAGUAGUUUUAGAUACAAAAAAAAAAAAAUAUGCAGAUGGUCAUGGUUAGAUUGUCAUUGACUAUAAAUCUAUCUAAUCAGGCCAGACAUGGGGCUAAACACCUACAUUAUUUGAAUGCGUAAUCUUUGAUGGACUUCAUGAAAUUUACAUUGAAAAUGUAAACAUUGGAAGCUCUAUACAACCCAAUUUAACGUGAAGAUUUGCAGAUCUAUACAACCCUACCUGGUAUAUUUAAAAUUAAUGUAAACUAUGUUAAAAAGAUGUGGAAAUAUGAAAUUAAAAAUUCUGUGAUAAAUAAAAAAAUAUAGGAAGUGAA